UUAUCUUUCUUUUGGAACUUCCAUAGAUAUUAUCAAAUAUCAUAUGAUAUUAUUGUUUUUUUUAAUUAAGCAUCUCCAUUUUUAAAACACUGUCGAAUGUAAAACGCUGUCGUUUAACAACUAGCUCCGCAAGUGAUAAGAAGUCUGCAACACUCGAUGACAUCUUUAAAAGAACGGACAAGAAAUGUCUCUAAAACUUUACUUCUCUCUUCACUCAUCAUCACUCAAAAAUGCCAAACCCUCCAGCAUUUUGAUCGCUCAACAAUCCCCCGGUGACCGGAAAACCUCCCCGGCCGAGGAGUUCUCUCCCCUUGCUGAGAAAUUCAACCGGCGGUUACUUCUUGGUAUAGGCUCGUCCUCUGUGCUCGCCAUCGGUGCGAAUUUUGGAGGAGUCACGAGCUUUGUACUCGGUUUAUCGCCGGAGUUCGGCCGGAACCUUAAACUCGACGUAGUUUAUCCCAUCAGUGGUUAUAGAAGAUGUAUGGACACGGUUGAAGGGUUCGAGUUUAUAUAUCCGGCUACGUGGGUUGGAGACCAGACACUCUUAUAUAGAGCCGCGGAGAAGUCAGAGCGGGAGACUUCUCUAGACCUUCCUCCGGCAAGAAUCAGUCGCCGCAAAAACGUUAAUGAACCGGUUGUUGCAUUUGGACCACCCGGUUCGACCGGAGAGCUCAAUGUCAGUGUUAUUGUCUCCCCUGUCUCACCCACUUUCUCAAUUGAAGCAUUUGGAGGGCCAAAGGAAGUAGGAGAAGCGAUAGUAAAAACAGUGACAAGAUCUGGUCAAAGAACAGAUUUAAAAGGAACUUUGCUGGAAGCAAACCUCAGACAAGAUUCAGAGAGAAACUUGAAGUACUAUGAGUUGGAAUUCAAAGUCGAAUCACCAUCUUUCCGGCGGCAUAACGUGGCUGUAUGUUGCGCUAACGGUGGCCGGCUCUAUACUCUGAAUGCUCAGGUUCCAGAGUCUGCUUGGUCAGAGUUAAAACAUGAGUUUCAUACUAUUGCUAAAUCAUUCAAUAUCAUUUCUUAAAUGUGAAAAAGAAAACAAGACACUGCAAAGCAAGGCUUAUUUUGUUUCUUCAUUAUCA